AGGCCCGGCCGCUGUCAGUCGGGCGCACGUGCCUCCGUGACUUAUGUAACGCGGCUCGGGACGCAGGAGGCUGGCACCUCAUGUGCGGGCUAAGCUUCAGGACCAGGAACAGCCCUUCGCAGAAGACGUCACUCCGAUGGGGCGACAGCUGCGCGCUUAGCGCCGCCCGCCCGCUCCCCUCGAGCGCAUAGAGUGCAUAUGACCAGUGCUCGUGGGAUUUAAAUGAGAGUGUUUUGGGGAACGUAUAACCUGAAGUGUACCGUGCUGUGAGGUGCUGAGCUUGCGGUCGCCGCAGCCAGGAGUCCAGAGGAACUUUCACAAGGACAGGCAAGGCGCACACAAAGCAAUCAAGAUGAUCAACAUAGCGGGCGUGAUCUCCAUCAUCCUGUUCUACGUGCUGAUCUUAGCGGUGGGCAUAUGGGCGGGCCGCAAGAAGCCACCGGGCAACGACUCCGAGGAGGAGGUUAUGCUGGCCGGUAGAUCCAUCGGCCUCUUCGUCGGUAUAUUCACCAUGACAGCGACGUGGGUGGGUGGCGGGUACAUCAACGGAACGGCGGAGGCCAUCUACACGUCAGGGCUGGUCUGGUGCCAGGCACCUUUCGGAUACGCCCUCUCACUGGUCUUCGGGGGUAUCUUCUUCGCGAACCCGAUGCGCAAGCAAGGCUACGUGACGAUGUUGGACCCCCUACAGGACUCUUUUGGUAGCCGCAUGGGGGGUCUGCUCUUCCUACCCGCGCUCUGUGGGGAGGUCUUCUGGGCGGCCGGCAUCCUGGCGGCGCUCGGUGCGACAUUGGCGGUUAUCAUUGACAUGGACCACCGCACAUCGGUGAUCUUCAGCGCGUGCGUGGCGGUCUUCUACACGUUGUUCGGCGGGCUGUACUCAGUGGCUUACACCGAUGUCAUCCAGCUGUUCUGCAUCUUCCUCGGUCUGUGGAUGUGCAUACCGUUCGCGUGGGCCAACGACCACGUCAAGCCUCUCGGCUCCAUGGAGGUCGAUUGGAUCGGCAGCAUCGACCCCAACUACUAUUGGUUCUAUGCUGACUAUGGACUCCUGCUCAUUUUUGGAGGGAUACCGUGGCAGGUAUACUUCCAACGCGUGCUGAGCAGCAAGACUGCGGGACGCGCGCAGAUCCUGUCCUACGUGGCGGCUAUCGGGUGCAUCUUCAUGGCCAUACCGCCCGUACUCAUCGGUGCCAUCGCCAAAGCCACCGCAUGGAACGAGACGAACUUCCACGGCGAGCUGACGCCGGAGGGCGAGCUGACGUCGGACCAGACGUCCAUGAUCCUGCCGCUAGUACUUCAGCACCUGACGCCGGACUUCGUCAGCUUCUUCGGGCUGGGCGCCGUGUCCGCCGCCGUCAUGUCCUCCGCCGACUCCAGCGUGCUCAGCGCCUCCUCCAUGUUUGCCAGGAAUGUGUACAAGCUGAUCUUCAGACAGAACGCCUCGGAGAUGGAGAUCAUUUGGGUGAUGCGCGUCUCCAUCUUGGUGGUGGGCGUUCUGUCCACUGUGAUGGCGCUCACCAUUCCCUCCAUAUACGGCUUGUGGUCGAUGUGCUCGGACCUGGUGUACGUGAUCCUGUUCCCGCAGCUGCUAAUGGUGGUGCACUUCAAGCGGCACUGUAACACUUAUGGCUCACUGGCGGCCUACAUCGUCGCACUGCUGGUGCGGCUCUCGGGCGGUGAGAAGCUGCUGGGUCUGCCCGCACUCAUCCACUACCCGGGCUGGGAUCCCGACAACGAGGUGCAGCUGUUCCCAUUCCGCACCAUGGCCAUGGUGCUCUCGCUAUUCACGCUCGCUUUCAUCUCCUGGCUGUCAGUAUUCCUAUUCAACGGCGGCUACCUGAGCCCGGAGUCUGACUACUUCAACUGCGUGGUGAACAUCCCCGAGGACAUCCGGCGCGUGGACGAGCCCUCGGAGGCGGGCGAGCAGAUGUCGGUGCUGGGCGGCGUGCCGGGCCGGCUGUACGGCGCCGCCUCCACGCUGGUCGGGCCCGACGAGCGCUCCGGCCGCGUCAACCCCGCCCUCGAGCCCGACGACGACCUCGACGACCCCAACGACGGCCCCACCCCCCUCUUCGGCAACAGCAGCGCCCCCCCGCCCGUCCAGCCCUUCGGCAAGCAGACGGCCUUCUGAGACGAUCCCCGUAUCUAUUAAGUCGAAUGGACUAGAAGACGACGACGACUCUCCCCGCCCUGUCUAUUUGCACUCCAGUAGGUCGCACCGUCAAACUGUAAACUUUUAAAGGAUCAUAUUGUCUAUGGCCGCUAAGGCCUGGGCCUCAAUGUACGUAACUUGUAUCUGCUAAGGUUGAUGUCACUGUCGCUGCUCAAACUUACAAAUGUCAUAUCUUCCAAUACGCGAUCUUUCCGUGUGCUAAAGUUAAAAAUCAAAACUAAAAAACCAAAAUGGUUGUUUGUAAACAUAUCAGAUAUAUCUUAUGAUGUGUAGGCAGUACAACUAUAGAAGCAAUAGAUAUAUUAUUAUAAUAAUGGAUGUGUUAUAUUUGUUGUGUGUUUAAGAGAAACUUAUUAUAUAUUGUAGCUAAAAAGAUAUUUGAUGUUAUUAUUAAUUAUAACAUAAUGAAACUCAUACAUAUCAAUAUGUGAACUUAUAAAUAUAGUAGAUGAAAUGUAAUUAUUUAUGAAAUUGUUUAUAUCGAAGAGGAUUCCUUAUUUAAGUCAAUUAUCGUAGUAAGGCGGAAUGUAGGCGCGGUCAGAGACGGUCACUGAGCGAACUGACAUCUCGUCGCGCCGCCGCCGAUCACAAUUUAGUAAACUUAUUCCUUUCUACAUAAUAAAAUACGUAUAAAAGAAACAAUCGCUUCUAAAGCAUCUGUUAUUAUUUAGAUGAAAAGACCUAUUUAGAAAAGUUUAUUAUUUAGCUCCGUAUAUUUUGAUAUUUAUAUAUAGUUGUUGUAUCAGCUACAGAGAGUAGCUCUGCACAAGUUUACUUUAAAGUUAGCGCGCUCACUUUGGAUUACGAAUUUACGUAAUGUUUUGUUGUUUAUAGAUGUAACAUGUGCGCUUGCCAUCACACUAGUUUAGGGACGGUUGACGAUCUUUUCUGGCAUGAGGACGUUAUCAGUGAUUAUUAUCAGGUUCUCUGAACUGUUUUGUGAACAACUGUUGUCUGUUGUGUGAAACAGAUUGAAUUCAACUUGGCAAGUUAUGGGAGAUAGAAUACGAAUGUAUUUUUAACUGAGAGUAAAGCAAACAAAGGAAAAAUGGUGAUGGCCUACUUCUACUUAUGAAAAAGGUUAUUCUUAAAUCAUUUAGCAUUUCAUUGAAAUGAGAAUUUAUCACUGGCAGCGUCCAUUGCCUGUUUUAAUGUAGUUUAAAUGUAUCGGUGUUGAAAAUAAUAUCAAUGUAUAUGUAAGUGUUCGCCCUGCCCUCGAGCAACCCGACCGACCCUCUGUGUGAGUACGCUUUUGUCUAUGAACAUAUUUGUAAAGUAUUUGUCAUUAUAUCUCUUUAUAUGAAGGCGUUAUUGAACGAUGUAAUCAAGCUUUUGAAUUAUUUUUAUGAGAGAUUUAUAUCGCUAUUAACGAAUAGAUAUAUAGAUAUAAUAAUAUGUGUUAGAGUGUAUGUACCUACCUACCUUGCUGAUUGUGUAUGGAUGUUUGUGAUAAGUCACCUGCCUCUUAUUGUCGUCUCGCUAUGACAACGAUGCCACGAUACAUAUCAUAUAAAUGUGACUUAUAUAUUAUCUAUGUAUAUGUAAAUGUGUAACUUAAACAUAUCAAAGUAAUUUAGUGUGGAACGAAUACAUAUCAUAUAUAUAAUAUAUAUUAAGUGUAGAGUUAGACAUUGUUGUUGUUCUUACACGUCGCUUCCUAAUGGACCAGCUUUAUAGAGGAGGACGAUUACAUCGUUAUACCUGAUGAUCUUUAUUUAGCUAGUAAUGAGCCUAAAGCAGAAUUUAUAUUUUGCGUUUUUUGUGAAGGUUUUGAUACCGGUCACUUAAUUUUCUUCAUAUAAAUUAUCAAAGUAUCUCCAAUAUUGUUAACUAAGAUAAUAUCCUUCACUAAAACAUAUUUAAAAUGUAUACCAAUCAAGAAACAUAUAAAAUUAGUAAAAAAUAUUUUUGUAAAAGUCACAUCUGUUCGAUAAUUGUUAUAUUUUAAAUGUAUACCAUUUGUGUUGAUCCUCAGUAGAUAGGAGAGUAGGAGAGUAGGAGAAGCGCUGUCGUUGGGAAGCGAUCUGUCCACUGUUAGUUAGUAGUUAUACUUACUAUUGACCUAUUCCUAGUCCUUGUUGAAUAUUUGGAAAUGUAAACCUGUGUAAUGUUGUGAACUCUGCAGUCACUUCUGCGAACUAAAUAAA